AGUCUAACACGCACAUGUUUUUAUUACUUGCUUACAUUACUAACACUUAUUUCAUUAUACAUUAAGCCAUAUACAUAUACAUUAUACAGGUAUUAAGCCACUGCUUUCCCUUACUUCAGUUUGUACACACAAGUACAUUCCAUCUUUUCCUAAAGCAGUAGAUAGGAAAAGUUCCAGGUAGGUAAUCCCCAAGUAAUGGAACAAUGGGGAUGUUCUGACCUUUUAAAGACUUCUUUACUUACCAGUAAAGACUUCUUUUCAGAGAUGUAAUUGCCUGAAUGCUUUGCUCAGCUCUCCGGGGGACACUCAGUUUAUAGGGACUUUGUUAGUUUCCCAACCCCCCUUUUCCUUCUUUAAAGACCGUGAGCAGAAGGAACUGUGAGCAGGCAGGCUUCCCCUCGCUACGCGGGCCGUGGUUCUGCCAGCUGUGGCUGAAUGGCAUCCCUUCAUCACUAGAUUGUGCCAGAGAAGGCAGGCCGGCCGGCCUUCCCUUGCCAUCAGACCCCGCAGCUGGCCCCACUUUACCCAUCAAUUAGCAACCAUUAGCUGGCCAGGUAAGAUAAAAGCAGGGCAGGGGCACAGCUAGGGCUGACCCUUUAGCGGCGAUAAUCAUGGACAGCUUUGUCUGUUCUCCCUUCAGCACGUACCACAGCUUCAGGAGCAGCCCGGCGCUCGGCCGCGGCUGGGACGCUGCGGCCAAGCAGCCCAGCUGGAAGCAGAGCAAGGGCGGUGGCAUCAACCCCUUCCUCGGGGGGCCCUUCACGCCGCUGCCCUCGGACUACCUGGACAGCUACCGGCGGGCACAGCUCCAGGCGCUGCUGUCGCAGGUGGGCCCAGCGCCGCGGCCGCGGCGGGCCAGCACGAAGGAGGCGGCGGUGCAGGUGAGCCUGCGGGCCGACGCGGCCGUGCAGUGCUCGCUGGGGCCGCGCACGCUGCCGCCAGCCCGCGCCUUCAGACCCGCCGCCCUGCGCGCCCCGGGGCGCCUCGCCCUCUACUCACCCGCGCCCGACCACCGCCUCUUCGCGCUGCCCGACGCCGCGCCGCUCCCGGAGACGGCGGUGCCCACCGACGAGACCCCGACGGCGGACGGCGGCGAGGAGCGGCAGGAGGGCCCGGCCGGGGCCGCGCUGCCGCCGCGCCAGGAGCCGGUGGGGACGCAGCGGGAGGAGCCCGCGGCUCCCAGGCAGAGAGCUGCCUUCCAGUUCUUGGAGCAGAAGUAUGGCUAUUUCCACUGCAAAGAUUGCAAGACCCGAUGGGAGAGUGCUUACGUGUGGUGCAUUUCUGGAAGCAACAAGGUGUACUUCAAGCAGCUCUGUCGCAAAUGCCAAAAGAGCUUCAAUCCCUAUCGAGUGGAAGCAAUCCAGUGCCAGAUCUGUUCCAAGACUCGUUGUUCUUGCCCUCAGAGGAAGAGACAUAUUGAUCUGAAGAGACCUCACCGCCAAGAACUCUGUGGCCGCUGCAGAGGCAAAAGGCUGUCCUGUGAUAGCACUUACAGCUUCAAAUACAUUGUCUGAUCC